UUUUUUCUGGUCAAAUGGUUGCAAUGUUUUCAUUUUUUUGUGAAGCUGCUGAACCUAUUUUUAAUAAUUGUUUUUCUUCCACAAAUGGUGGUUAUGAUUAUUUAAUGUUUCCUACUGAAAAUCGACGGAAACAUGCAAGUUUGUAUCGCAAAGUUAGUAUUGCUAAUAAAUGUUCUGUUGUGAGUAUUCCACAAAUAAAUUUUGCACGUUUUUCUGGCAGAAUUUCUCGAACAUGUUCUGUUUCUAAUGUUGAAAGGUACUACAUAAAUCAUCUUCUGCGCCUCCUUCCGAAAAUUUUUCUGUUAAAGAAGAAUGUGUAA